AUGGCGAUUGCCGAAAACUAUGAAGAUGUGCUAAAGGGCAAGUACCCGGCCAAGGCACAUGCGAAGAAGGUCGCAGAAUGGAUCAUUGAGAAGGGUGGCGAUAAGAACGGGACUAUUUAUCUAGAGGCGCAGAAAUUGAAAUUGAACGAGGACAACGAUGGCGAGGCGCCAUUCCGUCAGAGACGGUACUUUUUCUAUCUCAGUGGAUGCGAACUCCCAGACUCAUACCUAGUCUAUGAGAUUGCCACUGAGAAACUCACACUCUUCAUCCCUCCUGUAGAGCCUGAUGAGGUCAUUUGGUCCGGUCUGCCCAUGAGCCCUGAAGAAGCCAAAGCAAAGUACGAUAUUGACGAAUGUCUAACCACCAAGGACGUCAACUCCCAUUUGGCCAGCCAAUCUGAAUCCGCUCAAUCGACCAUCUACGCCAUUCCCGAGCAGGUCUCAGAUCAUGUUACUUUCAUUUCGUACAAGGAGAAGGAGUUUAAGCAACUCAAGACCGCCAUCGAAUACUGCCGCGUCACCAAAACGGAUUAUGAAAUCGCCCUCAUCCGCAAAGCAAACGUCAUCUCAACAGCAGCUCACGAAGCUGUUAUGAAGGCUGCGUCGAAAGCGCAGAACGAGUGCGAGCUCGAAGCUGUGUUCCUGAAAGCAUGUGUUGAACGCAACGCGAAGAACCAAGCCUACCACUCCAUUGUUGCGGCUGGUGAACACGCCGCAACACUGCACUAUGUCAACAACGCUGCACCAAUCUCAGACCAGAAUCUUCUGUUACUGGAUGCUGGAUGUGAGGUCGACUGCUACGCUUCAGAUAUUACACGCACAUUCCCUGUAAAGGGUAAAUUCACAACCGAAUCCCUUGCUAUCUACAAGAUUGUUCUGGAUAUGCAACACCAGUGUAUCAACGCGCUCAAGGCCGGAGUUGUGUGGGACCAUGUCCACGAGCUGGCUCACAAAAUCGCCAUUAAGGGACUCCUGGAUCUGGGUAUCCUGAAGGGUGACGCAGAGGAGCUUUUUAACAAGAGGAUUAGUGUGGCGUUCUUCCCUCAUGGUCUAGGUCACUACCUUGGAAUGGAUACUCACGACUCUGGCGGCGAUCCCAACUAUGCGGACAAGGAUAUCAUGUUCAGGUAUCUGAGGAAGAGGGGAACCUUGCCUGAACACAGCGUCAUUACCGUUGAGCCUGGUAUCUACUUCUGCAAGUUCAUUAUCGAGCCGUAUCUCAAGGAUGAGGAGAAGAAGAAGUAUAUCGAUGAGGGUGUGUUGGAGAAGUACUGGAGUGUGGGUGGUGUGAGAAUUGAAGAUAACGUUCUCGUUACUAAGGAUGGGCAUGAGAAUCUGACGCCAACGGUCAAGGAAAUUGAUGAUGUCACUCAGCUAAUCAUAUCUGGGCAGUAG